AUGCUCCCACCAUUAAUACCCCCCUUCCGUUAUGCUACUGUUGAAGACGAAGUAUACCGCGGAGCAUAUCCCAAAAAACGAAAUUACCGCUUUCUUAAAAGACUUAAAUUAAAAACAAUGCUUUCUCUAACUCCCGAUCCGCCAGUUCUCGAAUUAUUAGAAUUCUGUCAAUCUCAAAAUAUUCGUAAUAUUCAUCUUCAAGUUAAUAAAGUAAAGGAUAAUGUACCCUUAGGUUAUAGUAGAGCUAUUCAAUCUGUACAAAUAAUUAUAGAUCCAUCAAAUCUACCAAUAUUUAUUCAUUGUUUAGAUGGUGCAGACGUUACAGGCCUAGUCAUUGCUUGCUUGCGAAAAUUACAAAUGUGGAGUAUUCCUUCAUGUAUGAGUGAAUUUCUUAGAUAUCUUCGCGGUGGUGUAAUAUCAUCGGAAGAAAGUGAAUUCAUCGAAAAAUUUUUUGGAGAAAUCGAAAUUCCUAGUACAAUUCCUCAUUGGUUAUGGGGUGGCCACGUCACUUCAAAUAAACACCCAAGAUUCAAACUUAAAUUUUUAGAUCCCAGAGUUAUUGAACAAUCUGAACAAAACAAAACAAGUGGGAAAACCAAUUUGUUAGAAGAAUAUGACGAACCAAAAGAGGUAUCAAGGACUUUACAAGCUUUAGCAUUAGAAGGCUUAGAUGACAUUAAAGAUUGA